AUGCCAUUUUUGGCCUUUCCCUUCCUCCUCCUUGAAAUCCGCGCCCCCAAUCACCACCAGCCACCUUCCAGCCGCCGCCUCCUCCUCGGAUCCGCCGCCGACCACCUCUCCCCGCCACUUGUCGCAUCGCCAUUGGCCCGCGCCGCCGCAGCCACCGCUCUCGGCCUCUCUCGCAGCGCCACCUGGCUUCCCCGCGCCCCCAUCGGCCCGAGGCCGCGCGCGGCCCGCGAAAGCCCAUCUGGGCCCGGGUCGGCCCGACCCCGCGCCCCCGCUCGCCCCGAUCCGGAGCUUCCCCGCCGCCUCGCCAACUCCCCCGUCGCCAGCUCCCGCCUCAACGCCGGCCACCAGGGCGCCCCGCCGGCGACCUUCAGGCCAGAGCCUUGCCGUCCCUGCUCCCUCUUCCACUUCUUUCCUCCUCCUCUAACCUCCCUCUGCUCGCAGGGCCUCGCCGCCACCAUGGGAGCCGAACCCCUCUGCGCCCUGACCCGCGACCCUCCGACCGCCGACGACGCCGGAUCUGGGAUCCCCGAGGCCGGAUCUGCCCCUUUCACCACCCCACGCCGCCACCAGAUUUCGGCGAUCCCCGCCGUUCCCCACCGCCCAGCUCUCCUCCCCGAGGUCACCUCUCCCUGCUCACCAUCUCCACUGACCGGUUUCUCUCCUCGCCCAGGAGAGUCCCGCCUCCUCGCCGCCAAGGCCGCCGCCGCCCGCCGCCUCGAGCGGCGCCGCCUCCUCCUCGAGCGCCACGCCGUAGACCUCGCCUCCCGCGCCCUUGCCGCCCGCGCUGGCAUCAACGCCACCCACGCGCGCCACCUCGCCGUCGCCCGCGACAUCAGCUCGACCAACGGCGAGAUCGAGGACGCGCAGCAGAAGGCGGAGGAGUGGGACCGCUUCUACGAGUCCAAGAGGAAGGAGAUGGAGGAGUUCCGGCCGUCAUCUCCACAGCCUCCAUCCACCCCGGCCGCAGCCACUUCUCAACCCCACGAGCAGCCUCCUGGCCUAGUUCCUCGUCACCGUCCUCCUCCCGGUCCCUGUCCACCUCCGCCUCCACCUGGUAGUCCCAGAGGCGACGAUUCCCCGUCGCCUCGGCCGCCGUAGAGCUCUGCGAGGCCUCCACGGGUGGUGGAGACUCCGUCCGCGUCAUCGAGACGCCGC